AAAACUCAAAAGAACUCUUGAUUUCAACCAAUGUAAGCAACAACCAACCAACGAAUCAACGACCCUUCUUCUUCGCCGCCCCACACACACAUAACAACACUCUUUUCCUUCUUCUUCCCCACCAAGUUACUUUCUUUCUCUUUUCACUUAAUUCAACUAAUAUCAUAAAUUAUAAAUAUCAUAAGUGUUGCUUCCAUUAAGCAAAUAGCCAAAUAUUCUCUCUUAUCGCUAAUUAAUCUCAUUCUAUCAUCAUCUCUAAUUCAAUUCAGCCGCCUCUUUGAUUACAAAGAUACAGGAUGGGAAUGGUGAAAGCAGAAGAAUUAAGUCUUGAAUCUGUGAAGGGGAAGGUGUAUACUCUGGAUUCAGUGAGGGAAGCUUUGAUCAGGCAAGAAGAUACAAUUGUCUUUGGCCUCAUUGAGAGAGCAAAGUUCCUAAUGAAUUCUCGCACCUACGGCCGCGAGGAGAUUCCAGGAUUCGCUGGUUCAUUGGCUGAGUUUGUUGUGAAGAAUACAGAAGCAGUUCAAGCUAAGGUUGGAAGAUACAAUAACCCUGAAGAAAAUCCUUUCUUCCCGGAAAAUCUGCCACCCUCACUUGUGCCAUCUUACUCCUUCACACAGUUUUUACAUCCCAAAGCUGCUUCGAUUAACAUAAACAAAUCCAUCUGGAAAAUCUACUUUGAUGAGCUGCUUCCUUCGUUUGUUGCUUCUGGUGAUGACGGCAACUAUGCGCAAACCGCAGCUAGUGAUCUUUCCUUGUUGCAGGCCAUCUCUAGAAGGAUUCAUUAUGGAAAAUUUGUUGCUGAAGUGAAAUUCAGGGAGUCUGCUCAACAAUAUGAGUCUCUGAUUCGCGCCGAGGAUAAAGAAGGAUUGAUGAAAUUGUUGACAUUUGAGAGUGUAGAAGAAACGGUGAGGAAGAGGGUUGAAAAGAAAGCUAUGGUAUUCGGACAGAAUGUGACCCUCAACAAUGGUGAUGACAAAAAUGUAACAUACAAGGUUGAUCCAUCAGUGGCUGCCAACUUUUACAAGAAUUGGAUAAUACCUCUUACUAAGGAUGUUCAAGUUGAGUACCUAUUGCACCGUCUUGAUUGAAAUUCAAGAAACUUUAAUGCCAUUUCCAAGAGGAAUAUUCAUCUCAAUUUUUAGUCCAUCCUUUAUUGCCAAAUUCUUGUGGCUGUACAAUCGCCAUUAGAGUGUGUAGAUGCUUUGGAUAAUAAACAUUUACACAUCUAAUAGUGUAGUAGCUAUAGAAAGAUUAUUAAUGAAGGAUUGGUUAAUUGAUUAUUGUAAAUCAAAUCAUCAUCUUAUUUAUUAAAUAACAAUUAUUAUUGACAUAGCCGUUAUUAGCA